AUGAUUGCCUCUUCUUUAGUCACAGUGGCCGACAGUAGACCAGACCAUGUAAACACAGCAGCCUUUGUUGUAUCGUUCUUUUCUCUCUUUGUUGUUCUCUUUCUCUCUCUCUCUCUCUCUCUCUUUCUCUCUAUUUUCCUUGCUUUUCUCUUAUCACCCACUCUCAGUCUUUUGAUCUGUACCUGCAUUUCGCAGCAGCAACCCCAACAACCACAAUAUCAACAACAUCAUCCACAACAACAUCCUCCACCACAACAUCCUCCACCACAACAUCCUCCACAACAACAUCCUCCACAACAACACCCUCCACAACAACAUCCUCCACAACAUAUUCAUCAACAACAACAACGACAUCCACAACAGCAACAACCACCUCCAAAUCUACCAAAUGAACUGAAAAUCGAACUUAUUUCCAGACCUUCAAAUUGCCAGAGACUCUCGAAAAAAUCUGAUUUGUUGACAAUACACUACAAUGGAAAGCUGGCUGCGACUAACGUAGAAUUUGAUAACAGCCGCAACCACCCAGAACCAUUUAAGUUCCAACUAGGUGCCGCUGCCGUGAUCCGUGGCUGGGAAGAAGGUUUGCAAAACAUGUGCGUCGGAGAAAUUCGAAAAUUAACUGUCCCUCCUCAUAUGGGAUAUGGAGACCGCGUCAUUGGUGAGUUGAUCUUUCUGUUUAGAAACACAAACACGCGACGCGCAUUGGAGUAUUUUCAGCUUUUCAUCUCAGAUAAAUGA